UGUUAGGCUCACGUGACUCAGCCCAGAAACAUGGCCGCACGCUGACAACAAUGCCGUCAGUUUGGACAUAAAGACACUUUACCGUCAACAACUCUUCCAGUUUGACCUCCGCCAUCACGAUAAUGAAGCUCCGUGUUCAGCUGCAGUGUAAGAAUCUGCAUGAAUACCUGAGAGAGCUGAGUCCUGAGGUCUUAGACAGACUGUACAACCACCCAGCGACAUGUCUGGCUGUUUACAGGGAACUGCCCUCUCUGGCCAAGAACUAUGUGAUGCGGAUGCUGUUCGUGGACCAGCCUCUGCCCCAGGCGGCCCUGGCUCUGUGGGUCAAGAUAGACAGUCAAAAGGAUCAUGAGGAAUGUGUGGCAGUGUUGGCAGGACUCCGCCUUUGGCACAUUCAGCAGCUGCAGGGAGGUCUGCAGGGGUACAUUUUAAAUGCAGUGUUCAAAGACAACCUGAGGAUCGCUCUGCUCGGCGGGGGCCGAGCAUGGGCAGAUGAAGGCAGCACGCUGGGUCCUGACCGCCAUGCACGGGACAUCGAGAGCCUUGACCGCUAUGCUAUGGAGCGCUGGGAGGUCAUCCUGCAUUUCAUGGUGGGUUCCCCCUGUGCUGCUGUCUCACAGGACCUGGCUCAGCUGCUGGCUCAAGCAGGCCUCAUGAAAAGUGAGGCAGGAGAGGCGCCCUACAUCACAUCAGCAGGUUUCCAGUUCCUCCUACUGGACACAGCCUCCCAGCUGUGGUACUUCACACUGCAGUACCUCAAAACUGCUCAGUCCAGAGGGAUGGACCUGGUGGAGAUCUUGUCAUUCUUAUUCCAGCUCAGUUUCUCUACUCUGGGCAGAGACUACUCAGUGGAGGGCAUGAGCGACUCAUUACUCACCUUCCUGCAGCACCUGCGGGAGUUUGGACUUGUCUUCCAGAGGAAGAGGAAGUCGAGGCGGUACUACCCCACCAGACUAGCCAUCACUCUGGCUGCAGGAGUCACUACCAGCUCCUCCUCCUCCUCCUCUGACUCCUCCUCCAAUGUGUCUUCCUGCCCUGGUACAGGAGACGCAGGUUUCAUUGUGGUAGAAACCAAUUAUCGUAUCUACGCCUAUACAAGCUCAGAACUUCAGAUCGCAUUGGUGGCUCUUUUCAGUGAAAUGCUGUAUCGCUUUCCCAAUGUGGUGGUGGCUCAGGUAACAAGGGAGUCAGUGCAACAGGCCAUCGCCAACGGUAUCACAGCACAGCAGAUUAUCCACUUUCUAAGGACCAGGGCUCACCCCGUCAUGCUCAAACAGACCCCAGUGCUGCCUCCGACCAUCACAGAUCAGAUCAGACUGUGGGAGCUGGAGAGAGAUCGCCUGCAGUUCACAGAGGGAGUGCUCUAUAACCAGUUCCUCUCCCAGGCUGACUUCGAAGUGCUGCGAGACAGAGCUCAGGGUCUGGGCUGUCUGGUGUGGCAGGACGUGGCCCACAGGGUGAUGGUGGUGUCGCCACAGGGACACAGUGAGGUCAAGAGGUUCUGGAAACGACAGAAGUCCAACACGUAACUGGAGGAAGAGAAGCAGAGCGGAGUGAUGUCACACUUGAGGGAUUAUUCCUAUGAUCUUGUUGCCAUAGUUGUUUGUUUAUGUCAGUGCUGCAAGAAAAGGGCAGACAAUAUAAUCUAUAAUUUUGUAUGUUUCAUAAAAUGCUGACUUCCUUAUUAAAUGAUGAUAGUAGAGAAAAUGUA